AUGAGGUUAGCUGGAGCCCAAGAAAAUGGGAAAGGUAACGGAGAUGGGGUAUCUGAAAAUCCGUUGAGAAACAAAACAAAAUACACCAUGAUGACUUCCGAUCCAGUUGAGGACGAUGAAGUUCUGCAAAACAAGAAGCACGAGGCCAAAAAAUAUGUCUUUACAUGUGCUGUUUUUGCCUCUCUCAAUUCCGUGCUUCUCGGCUAUGACGUGGGUGUUAUGAGUGGAGCAAUUAUAUUCAUUCAGGAGGAUCUGAAGAUAUCUGAGGUUCAGCAAGAAGUACUUGUCGGAAUUUUGAGCAUAAUAUCCUUGUUGGGUAGUUUAGCAGGUGGAAGGACAUCUGAUGCCAUUGGCCGAAAAUGGACAAUUGGUUUGGCAGCAUGUAUCUUCCAAACCGGUGGAGCUGUAAUGGCACUUGCUCCAUCCUUCAAAGUGUUGAUGAUAGGAAGAGUCAUGGCUGGGGUGGGUAUAGGUUUUGGUGUCAUGAUUGCACCUGUCUAUAUUGCCGAAAUUUCUCCUGCCAUUGCUCGGGGAUCUCUUACCUCUUUCCCUGAGAUAUUUAUAAAUUUUGGAAUCCUUCUUGGUUACAUAUCAAACUAUGCAUUCUCGAGGCUUCCAGUACAUAUAAAUUGGAGAAUAAUGCUUGGUGUAGGAAUUCUCCCUUCGGUUGUUAUUGCUCUUGCACUGUUUGUCAUACCUGAAUCCCCAAGAUGGCUAGUGGUGCAGAAUAGGAUUGAAGAAGCUAGGGUAGUGUUGUUAAAGAUAAAUAAGAAUGAGAAGGAGGCUGAAGAAAAGUUGCGAGAAAUUCAGGUAGCUGCUGGGUCAGUUAAUGCUGACAAGUAUGAAUCAAAAGCUGUCUGGAAAGAAAUAUUACGCCCUACUCCUCCUGUUAGAAGAAUGCUUAUAACUGGUUGUGGAAUUCAGUGUUUCCAGCAGAUAACAGGCAUAGACGCAACUGUGUAUUAUAGCCCUACAAUUUUCAAGAACGCUGGGAUAACUGGCAACUCUGAACUUCUUGCUGCCACCGUUGCUGUUGGAUUCACCAAAACUCUGUUCAUCCUGAUAGCCAUAUUUCUUAUAGACAAAUUGGGGAGAAAGCCUUUGCUUUACGCCAGCACAAUUGGGAUGACAAUAAGUUUGUUUAGCCUGAGCUUGUCUCUUGCUUUUCUGAGUCAUGCAAAAAUUGGGAUUGCAUUAGCAAUUCUUGCAGUUUGUGGAAAUGUAGCUUCAUUCUCAGUAGGUCUUGGCCCCAUAUGCUGGGUCUUGUCUAGUGAAAUAUUUCCUUUGAGACUCAGAGCUCAAGCAUCAGCUCUUGGAGCAGUGGGAAGUAGGGUCAGCAGUGGUGCAAUCUCCAUGUCCUUUCUCUCAGUAUCUCGGGCAAUCACAGUAGCAGGAACAUUCUUAGUUUUUGGCGUUAUUUCGUGUUGUGCAAUUGCCUUCGUUCAUUUUUGUGUUCCAGAGACAAGAGGAAAGACUUUGGAGGAAAUCGAAGUACUGUUUAAAGAUGAAGAUGAUUUGCAAGAAAGUGAGGUGGAAAUGAGAGAUGUAGAGCGUCUGGUGCAGGAGUCAUGA